CACAACUGGACGUCAUGCUAGGCUUGCCGCCGAUGAAAGUCUAGCUCGCCUUCGUCGUGCCUACGGGCACGCCGUGUCCCGCCCGGGAAGGCUAGGUCAGGCGUCGGUAACAUGGCCAGUGAAGAUGGACCGCCUCCGACCUUUCUGGCUCCUCCCGCAGUGACAGCGCUACGAGAGGAGGCGGCCAAGGAUGGCGGUGAACGUGGGCAUAUGGAGCGUACGAUCAGUAUGGAUAUACGAGAAGAGCGGGAGGAACUGAAGAAGGCGGCUGAGCAGUCAACAAACGCUAUCUUGGAGCUGGCUCUUGAUGGCACAGUGCGUUGGGUAAGCCCGUCUUGGCCUGAUGUUGCCGGCAUAACCGUGGAAGAAACCAUAGGCAAACCAAUAGCCGAACUGCUGGUUGAGAAUUGCAACGUGUUCGGCGAAUGCAUAGAGGCUAUGCGAAGAGAUGACUCGAAGAGCCGAACGGUGCGCUUCUCCGUGAAGACUGCGCUCCCGAUAGUGCGUGAUGAUAGCGCCUCCUUCGACGACAAGACGCCUGUCGAGCCGAAGAGCGGAUUUGACCCACUACCUCAGGCGCACUCGACCUCUGAGGCUUUGCACAUACAAGGCACGGAGCAGUCACAGUCAGCCGAACAGCAAGAAAAGCCACAGCCCCUACAAGCUAGACACUCGGAGUCUGGUGAUGUAGUUGACCUUGAGGCUCAAGGGAUCAUGAUUUAUGAUCGCACAACUGGCGAAGAAAGUCACACCAUGUGGAUGGUGAAGCCUGCCGUAUCCCGUGAAGUCACAAUCGACCUACCCGAACUACUCGUAGAGUCUCUUGGCGUUGGCGCUGAGAUGCUUGCCAAUUACUUGACACUAUUAGCAGAAGUCGGCUCAGAGGAUCCAGAACACCAUCCGCCGCCGAUGCCUGUCCUCUGCCGCAUCUGCGAGCGCUCGAUACAGCCUUGGUGGUUUGAGAAGCACACAGAGCUCUGUUCGCAGGAGCACCGCGCUGAGAUGGAGGUGCAGCUGGCUCAAGAAGCACUCAAUGAACAGCGUUCAGCCUUGGUCAAAGUGCUGGACGCCUUGGAAGCGCAGACACGACUUACGAGAAGCCUCUCUAACGACAGCAGCUCUCCUACUCCAGCACCCAAAGCGGAAUAUAAAGGCCUGCCGAUUGGCCCAACUUCCACGCCAUCUUCCGGACCUUCUUCUGGCCGCUCUUCACCAGCAAUGCAGCCAAGCCGGUCGCGUGAGUCUUCCGCGACUGGGCUCAGCCAUCACCGGGCUCGUUCAUUUGCAGUUCGACGCCCGUUAGCUCGUAUUGUUGAACUAGUGCUUGAUCUUUGCGAUACCGCGAUGGAAAUAAGCACGCCGUCCAUUAAAGAGAACAAAGUGUAUGCUUCCUACGAGCUGCGAACACAGUCACCGCAGUCUGAAGGGCGCAUACAGCAAGUCUUGCAGUGGCAGUCGCCCAGCCAAGGUACUCUGGAGAACGAACAAGGCCUGGCGCUGCUCUGUGAAGAGACAGCUCAACUUGCUCGCUCCAAGGUUGAAGCUGUCUUCCGACAUCGUCGUAUUCUUGAGUACUCUGAGCGCAUUCGGGUAGAGUUUGACAUACUAGUGCACGAGUGCGUCGCCGAGGCAACACUUAAGGCGGCGCGUAUCAAAGCUGGCGACAUGAGCGACUCUAGCGACGAAUCACCGACGUACGAGACUCCGGAAGAGCACGCCGAUCCCUCUCAAGAGGAAGCAAGCCAAGAACCCCCUUUGCAAAGUACCGAAGAAAUUGCGCCGGAAGAGCCAAGCAUCGAUGAUGAGGUCAACGUGGUGCCGAAACGCUUCACUGGCAGUCCAUCGGCCAUGGCGAUGGCUUUAAGGAGCGCCUCGGAGUUGACUCUUGACAGGCGAGCUUCCUCAACCGGCUCAUCUCGGGCGAGCAGUCCUGGGGUUGGAGCAACAACGCCCAAAUCCUCGGUUGGGCCACCUGAGCCUUUUGCUUCUUUUGCCCUGCACAAGCGCGGCUCCUUGGCCUUCGAGAGUGAUGCUGGUGGCGACAGUGACAGCAGCAUGCGAUCUUCUCAUCACUCCGGCGGCCACCGGCGCGCAGAUUCUCCCAAUGCCGAAGUCGCUCUCAGCCGGGUUGUAAGCCACAGGUCACGCGAGCGUAAGCGCCAGAGUCUCGUGUUGCCGAGUCUCAUCGGUCAAGCUCGACACCCAUCUCCAGGCAGGGGACAGGGUACUCCAUCUUCGCCAUUACGCAUGGCCAAGCCCAGAAUGCCAAGCAGCGCGGUGGACAGCAUACCAUCACCCGUCACCUCGCCCACUCUGCCAACGGAAGGAUUCACCUCACCCAUCAUCCGAGCUCAACAUCAGAGCCAUCACCGUCGCCAAUCCUCGAAUGCACUGGCUGAUGUUCUUGCACGGCCGACUUCGCCUCGCUUGAGCGGAGUGAUGGGCAACUCGCAGGCUGGUGCCAGACAAACCUCCAUCAAGGACUUUGAGAUCAUCAAACCCAUCAGCAAAGGCGCAUUUGGUAGCGUUUACCUUUCCAAAAAGAAGACUACGGGAGAUUACUUCGCUAUCAAGGUGCUGAAGAAGGCUGACAUGAUCGCCAAGAAUCAGGUCACGAACGUCAAGGCCGAGCGGGCGAUCAUGAUGUGGCAGGGUGAGAGUGACUUCGUAGCUAAGCUGUACUGGACCUUCUCGAGCAAAGACUAUCUGUACCUGGUGAUGGAGUAUCUCAACGGCGGAGACUGCGCCUCCUUAAUCAAAGUCCUCGGCGCUUUGCCGGAAGACUGGACGAAGAAGUACAUUGGCGAAGUGGUGCUGUGCGUGCAACAUCUUCACAGCCGACAAAUCGUCCAUCGUGACAUCAAGCCCGACAACCUUCUCAUCGACGCCAAAGGACAUUUGAAGCUUACCGACUUCGGCCUGUCACGCAUGGGUCUCAUAGGUCGACAGAAGCGUGCAAUCAACGCGAAGCCUGAAGAUGCGCCUCCUGACUUGUUGAAAGCUGGCCCCUUCCGACGAGCGCCCUCAGUCACGUCAUCUAGGUCAACGAGCUUCGACUACCAUGGUCAUCACUCUCCCGCACAGACGCCCGCCAUGACUCCUGCAUUAGCUGGUGAUCUCAGUCAGCCGUCGUACUUCAGCUUGAACAGGGAGGCAUCGCGCGAACCAUCACGUCGCACGUCCGGCCAUCGAAGUAACAGCGGUGACAGCGAUGCUUUGGAGUCCAUGUUUCGCAGAUUCUCGAUGGCUGACUCCAGGACACCCAUCGAGGAAGAGACUGCAAGCGAAGAAGGUGGCGAGUCUCCAGAUCCAUACAUACUACAGCCAGUGCCUAGUAAUGUUGGCCCCCCAAAGACAGAGACGCCACCAGCGCAGAAUGCAACCAUGCCACCACCAAUCAUGUCUCUCUUCGACCCAACAGACAGCGACCGGCGUUUUGUUGGCACACCGGAUUACCUUGCCCCAGAGACGAUCAAUGGUGCUGGGCAAGACGAAAUGAGCGAUUGGUGGUCCCUCGGUUGUGUCUUGUUCGAGUGCUUGUACGGCAGGCCUCCCUUCAAUGCCGACACGCCGGAAGGAGUGUUCAAGAAUAUCCUGGCUCGCAACAUACAAUGGCCCUGUGAUGACGAGGACGUCUACGUUUCCGAAGAGGCGAAGGACCUCAUGAACAAGCUGAUGUGUUCAGACCCAAAGGAGCGGCUCGGCUCGAACAAGGAAGAGAAGUAUGCCGAUGGUGGCGAAGAGAUCAAGGCUCAUCCUUGGUUCUCUGAUAUCAAUUGGGAAACACUACGAGAGGACGAGGCGUCGUUCGUUCCGACUAACGAGAAUCCCGAAGACACGGAGUACUUCGAUCCUCGAGGAGCAUCAAUGCAGCAUUUCGCUCCUGAGUUCCAGGACGAGCAGAACUCGCCGCUACAGACGCCGGGCGCGGACUAUCCGGACCGCCCGCACGAUGCACUGUCACGAGUUAGAAGCCAGGUCAAUGCUGUCAAGCGGAAUCUGAUGCCGUUGCACAUUCCACCCCACGUACGAGACGCACGUUCGCGGCGACUGAGCGAACCUGUGGUCAACGACGACUUUGGCAGCUUCCAGUUCAAGAACCUGCCGGUGCUCGAGAAGGCAAAUAAAGAUGUCAUUCAGAAGCUGCGCGCUGAUGCCAUGCAAGCACAGGCGAAGUCUGCACUAGGUCUUGGCACUUCGUCUCCGGCGGUUGUCUCGCCGUCUCCUGCACCCUCACUCGAUGCCAGUCCGAUCUUACCGAUGCCGCUGAAGCGCACCUUGUCGGCGAACAAGGGUCACAAUAGGCCACAAUCUCCCUCCAUGCUGAGCCAUCACAGCUCAUCUCCGAGCCGAGGCUCGCAGCCUUCGUCGCCCUUGCUGGUGCAUUUCAGUGCUGGACAGCGUCCCGAACGUCGCAAAGCAUCGAGUGGAUCAUCCCAUCUGUCACAGCAGACGAGCAACACCUCGCUACAGCCCGGCAACUUCUUCGAGCAAGUCCCACGAUUUACGGCGAAGAGUCAAUCAGCUGCUCCGUCUCCGGUUAGAAGUGCGAAGAACGGGUCAAUGCAGCUGCACUUCAACGGGGAGACGGGAGGCAAGCAGCAACGAGCAACGAGCGUCUCCUCGUCUUCGCCACGGCAGAGGUCUCACACGGUUGGUUCUCAAGAAGGCGACCUUGUGCCCGAGUUGGUGCCGGCGCACCACAAGAGGCGAAGCGGCGUAUUCGACGUCUCGCCUUUUUCCUCGGAUAAUGAGGAGUCACGGCAAAAGCCACUGCGCUUCCAGCGGAACCGGCAGAGUUCGAACCGCAUGUCGCAGGUUAAUCUCACGGAUGGUCCAAUGUUCCGCACACUCGACGUACUUGUCUGCGAAGACCACCCUGUCUCUCGCUUGGUGAUGGAACGGUUACUCGAGAAGCUGCGAUGCCGCACUAUCAUCGCGAACAACGGUGCGGAGGCUGUGCGGUAUGCGACGAGUACCGUCAAAUUUGACAUCAUAAUGAUGGAGUACAAGCUGCCGCAAGUCAACGGUGUUGAUGUGGCGCGGAUGAUACGCGAGACAAAGAACGCCAACUCCAACACGCCCAUCGUGGCCGUGACCGGCUAUCUGAAGGAGCUCGGCGUAACGCACAACUUCAAUGCUCUUAUCGAGAAGCCACCCACCAAGGAGAAGCUGGAGAACGUGAUGAGUAGUCUUUGUCAAUGGAAGCCAGCUCCUGAAGGAUGGAAGCCUACGCCGCCGAUGCCGGUACCGGCCGCAGUCAGACAAGACUCGAUCCCCAUCAGCACUACUGACGAUAGCCCGACUACCACAUCGUCCUUGAGCGGCUUCACUUCGAACACGAACACUGGUCGCGAAUGGUCCAUCAGCUCCAUCGACGGCGCAGAGAGUCAUGCUGGCAGCAUUGGCAGCAUGGGCAGUAUUCCGCUCAUCGUGAGUCGGCAGCCAACACUGGACGAGGACUAUGAACGCAACUUUGGCAGCUCAUUGGCUGGUGGUUUGGGUAUUACGCAGAAACCGCUGGUCGCUAGUCCCGAGCCGGAUGUGUCGAAGCAACUAUCUCGCCCCUUUCCGCAGCUCCUGCACGAGUCAUCAGCGCCUGCUCGACUCGACACUCCGCCGUCGCCCGUCCUCCGUAGGCAGCCAUCUGCGGAAGCUGUAGAGGCUAAGCGGCGUUCUUUGGAGAAGGUACGACACGAGUCCGCAGCCGAGUCCGGCGACGACGAGGACGAAGAGCUAGGCCAGGUCAACGUCUCGCGGCAACGCUCACCCAAGCGCGGGACUGCGAAACGCGCGUCGAAGCUAGGGACGGAAAUGCUACGCACGAACAGCCAAGGUAGCGUCAUCUCUGUCGACGACGUCGUCGCCGUGCAAAGCGCCGCCCGAGCUUCUGCGGCCGAAACGCCGACAACGCACGCCAUUGCCGAAGACCCUGCCGCUGAAGUUGAGGCUAUGGGUCACCUCACGCCGCCGGAAAUCUUCACGCCUUCUCAGGCUGGAGAUCAGACGAAGGAGGUCAUGAUGGAAAUCACCACGCCCAUGACCGAGAUUCAGCCGGAUUUGGAGGCUACGCCGAGACCGCACCAUACGCACGAGCCCGACCCGGAUCCCACGCCGAGGGCAUCGACUUCGCCUACGCACCACGACUGAGCACUGCGGGCACGGUCUUCUUUGCAUAUAUCUCCUCUGUAUUAUCAAGCGCGAACUGUUUUCAUAUGUCAGCAAUACAGCGGUUUUCGAUGCCAUUAUGCAAAUUUUUAUUUCGUUAUUGGCGAAGCAUUUGAGCAUGGUGUUGGUGGAGUUUGGCUUUGAGCAUAUACGGCCGGGAGUGCUAUCUGGGUGUGCAGUACAGGGAUCAUGUUUGCGCACUGGCGUUGGCAGCCAG